AGUUGUGCGACCUGGAUUACGGCAGUAUGUGACAGGCGGGCGGGGAAUUUGUAAACAGAGCUAACAGCUUCACAGGUAGAGCUCGAUAUUGUUCCCCAUGACAGCUUUAAAUUAACAUUUUUAAUAUGUUAGCGUUAAUUUUCUCUAUAUAAUGUAUCGGGAAUUAACUUAGUCAACUGGUGACCACUUUUCAGCUCCUUUGUAAAAGUUUUAGGGAGUGGAUACCGUGACAUUAGCUAGCUACGUCAAAGCAAUAUGCUAACAAAGUUGCGUGACAGCACCAGUGACGCUGGCUGGAGGACACCGGCUGCUUCAUGUGAGGGCGGCCAGGCAUGGUAGUGUACCUACUGGGGAGAGCCUUGCUUCGAUCGGGACUACAGCGGCUAGGGCUCCAACGGAGGUGUUUCUGUGCGGCACAGAGUGUCCUGAACUCUGACACUUCUCAGCAGGCAGACAUGAUCCGCAACCGGACUCAAAUCAAGAGGGUCCUCUGCGUCGCCGAGAAGAACGAUGCAGCCAAAGGCAUUUCAGAGAUCAUGUCCAACGGCAGGUCCAGCAGGAGGGAAGGGAUGUCGAAGUUUAACAAAAUCUAUGAGUAUGAAUAUCAUCUCUUUGGUCAGAAUGUGACAGUAACAAUGACAUCAGUAUCAGGCCAUUUACUCGCUCUUGAGUUCAAAGCACCAUUCCAGAAAUGGCACAGUUGUAAUCCAGUGCUGUUAUUUGAUGCUGAGGUAGAGAAGUAUUGUCCAGAUAACAUGAUGCAAAUCAAGCGGACACUGGAGAAGGAGGCGAGGCAGUGCCAGGCCUUAGUCAUCUGGACUGACUGCGACAGAGAGGGAGAAAACAUUGGCUUUGAAAUCAUAGAUGUCUGCAAAGCAGUGAGGCCCAAUUUACAAGUCUUUCGAGCAAAGUUUUCUGAGAUCACCCCCAACUCUAUUCGGAGAGCAUGUGAGACUCUAAUGGCGCCAGAUGCUAACAUCAGUGAUGCUGUUGAUGUGCGUCAGGAGCUGGACCUGCGGAUAGGUGCGUCCUUCACUCGAUUCCAGACGCUUCGCCUGCAGAAAAUCUUUCCCGAGUCUCUGGCCAAUCAGCUGAUCUCAUACGGCAGCUGUCAGUUUCCCACUCUGGGCUUCGUGGUGGAGCGCUUCAAAGCCAUCCAGGCUUUCAUACCCGAGACUUUCUACAAGAUCAAAGUGCUGCACGAGGUGGAGGAGGACACCGUAGAAUUCAGCUGGAAGAGAAACCGUCUCUUCAACCACACAGCUUGCCUGGUGCUCUACCAGAUCUGCAUGGAGGAUCCCAUAGCAACAAUCACCUCAGUAACCAGCAAACCCAAGAGCAAGUGGAGACCGCUGCCUUUGGACACUGUGGAACUGGAGAAACUGGCAUCUCGCAAGCUAAGGAUAAGUGCCAAAGAGACCAUGAAAAUUGCAGAGAAACUCUAUACCCAGGGGUAUAUCAGCUACCCCCGUACAGAGACAAACAUUUUCCCCCAAACCCUGGCCCUCGGCCCGCUCGUGGAGCAGCAGAUACAGAGCCCCAACUGGGGGGCGUUCGCCCAGCGGGUGCUCGACCAGCCUGGGGGUCCGAACCCCCGGCAAGGCAAGAAAUCUGACCAGGCCCAUCCCCCCAUACACCCUACCAAGUACAGCAAUACACUGCAGGGCAAUGAAGGACGUCUGUAUGAGUUCAUCGUCAGGCACUUCCUGGCUUGUGUUUCCCAGGAUGCUUUGGGGCAGGAGACCGUGGUAGACAUAGACAUUGCCCAGGAGAAGUUCUCCGCCUCGGGACUCAUGAUCAUUGCAAGGAACUACCUGGAUGUUUACCCGUAUGACAAGUGGAACACCAAGCUGAUUCCAGUGUACGAGCAAGGCUCCCAGUUCCAGCCCUCUGCUAUUGAGAUGGUGGACGGACAGACGAGUCCUCCGCAGCUGCUCACUGAAGCUGACCUAAUAUCACUGAUGGAGAAGCAUGGCAUUGGCACAGAUGCAACUCACGCGGAGCACAUCGAGACUAUAAAGAGUCGCAUGUACGUGGGCUUGACAGCAGACCAGAGGUUUCUCCCUGGGGAGCUCGGCAUGGGACUGGUGGAGGGUUACAACUCCAUGGGCUAUGAGAUGUCCAAACCAAACCUGCGUGCUGAAUUGGAGGCCGACCUCAAGCUGGUAUCAGAGGGCAGGAAGGACAAACAGAGCGUGCUUCAGCAUUACAUCCAGAAAUACAAGGCUGUCUUCAUCGAGUCUGCCAGGAAGGCAAAAAAGUUAGAUGAAGCCUUGUCUCCAUAUCUGGGUGCAGCUCAAGAAAUCACUGAAGAAGAGGAGCAGGAUAUGGAGAUCCCAUUGCCAGUCAGGAAGUGCCCUAAUUGUGGGCGGGACAUGGUGUUGAAGAAAAAGAGGGAAGGAAAUGGUAAGUACCUGUCCUGCGUGGGCUUCCCAGACUGUAAGACAGCAGUGUGGUUCCCUGACACGGCGCUGGAGGUCAGCAGAGACAACAGCGUCUGCUCUACCUGUCAGCCGCACCCUGUUCACAUGUUGAAGUUCAAGUUCCGCAGGGGCAGCCUCCCCCCCAUGAUGCCUUUAGAGUUUGUUGGCUGCAUCGGUGGAUGUGAUGAGACACUCAGAGAGGUGCUAGACCUGAAAUACCUCCGAGGAGGAGGAGGAGGAAGAGGAGACAACCGUCGUCCACCAGCACCUUUGCCCCCCAGACCAAAUCCACCCAGAGCCCCAAGUUCAAAUCCCCGACCUUCCCUUCCUGCUGAACCCUCCUGGACUACACAACCGCGACCUCCACCUUCUCCAGGUGGCGGCGGUGUCAUUGCAGACGCUAACAGUGAUGUCAUCGUGUGCAACUGCGGUCAAGAUGCGCUCCUCCUGACCGUGCGAAAAGACGGUCCCAAUCAAGGUCGCCAGUUCUACAAGUGCGGCGCUGGCAGCUGCAACUUCUUUCUGUGGGCGGACGAGCCAAGUCAGCAGGGGGCACCGCAGAACCCACAGCCCCCUAGGCCAUCUUUGGGUUUCAGGAACACCCCUGCAGCAGGCAUAGGGCAGCAAGGGGGCGUGGGGGAACAUCCAGGCCAGUCGAUGUGCAACUGUAAUGAGACGGCAGUGAUGCGCACGGUGCAGAAAGACGGCCCGAACAAGGGACGGAUGUUCCACACCUGCGGGAAGCCCAGAGACCAGCAGUGUGGCUUCUUUCAAUGGGCCGAUGAGAACGCACCUCCAUCAGGUGGUUUUGGUGGUGGAUUUAAUGGCGGUAGAGAUGGAUGGAAGAAAGGAAGGAAGAUCACGGGUGACGCCACGGCGAACAAACCCCCAGCUGCUAAGAAAGCCCGUACCUGCGGCAUCUGCCACAUGCCGGGACACACCCGAGUCACCUGUCCCCAGCGGUGACGGCUCAUUGGAGACACUGUGGAGUUAUCAAAGUCUAUGACUUGAAAGUGUGGAGUCAGAUUUGAUUUUUCAAAUAUGCAAGAGCUCAGACUGUAAGUACCUCCUCACAGAUGGAACAGAGACUGUACCGUUCCCUGUAAAGUUACAGUUUGAUAAUGGUUCUAAGAGGGCAAAAACGAUUUUAAAAUCCAAAAAUUUGCAGAUGUGCAGCAGAAGGGGAACUCUACUGUAAAAACCGAGGGGUGUCACACAUACAUACAUACAAAAGAAAAAAAAUGAAAAAUUGAAAAAGAAAAAAAAAAUUCCUAACAGGACUUUUUAAGGUGUUCUGUAUUGUGUAUACUGAAGUUCCACUGUUCACUGUUAAUUUUAUUAGCAUAUUUACCAAAAUGUCAAACUUUUCCAUUAAAGCUUAGCGCAGCAUUCAUAAACACUGCGUGUUAUUUGCUUUAAAGUCUGUUGUUGCCACAGGAAAGGUUCUGAGUGCAAGAGGAGCACACUGAGAAGUUGAACCCCAUAAGAAACAGCUGCAGUAACCCGAAAAGGUUAAUGGGAGCUCCGGUCAGCUGCUCUUGGAUCAGAUGAAUCCCCUGUCUGUUCUGUUUAUCUGCAUCCGCAAUCCUGAAAAUCCUGAGAUCAGCUGGAGGAGGGUGAUUUGGACACAGAAGCUGUCUAGACUAAUAAAUGUGUAUUUUAAAAAACAAACUUAUUUUCACACAGUUUAUCCAUAAACUAAUGGUCUAAGUAUUAAUAAUAACACCGUCACGUGUCUCAAUGAUUAGCCAGGUGUUUUACAUUAGUGUUGAUUUAUUGGAUAAAGCUGCAGACUGCUUUUACUUUCUGAAUAUAAUGAGUGCAAACAAAGAAGGCAAAUGUCUGGCUCCUCUCUUGGUAAUCUGGGUUUACCAGUGCCGAAAUCUCAAUUUUAAUAUUAAUGAAUGCUAAUAAAAAAUAAUGUACUGUGAACUUC